CAGCCAUGCCGGUGCAGCACUCCAGCUUAGUGGGGAAAACCAAGGCACUGACAUGUCCAAUGGGCAUCGUGCACCUCCUGGAAGCCCUUUUCAGCUGCAUCACCUUCAGCCUGGUAGCCAGCAAUAGGGGCUGGUGGCAUGCCAACAGCAUAUGGUGCAUUUUUUCGUGGUGCUUCUGUUUUGCUGUGACACUUGUGGUGCUUCUGGUGGAGUUUGUGGGGCUCCAGCACCACAUGCAUGUCUCCUGGAAGAACUUCCAUAUCACCUUCACCAUGUAUGCCAGCCUUUUCACCCUCUCGGCCUCUGUCAUCUAUCCUUUCACUGAAGUCAAAGACGAACAAUACUGCUUGCAGCAGGACUACUGCAUUGCUGCCACUUUUUUCUCCUGCCUUGCCUGCAUGGCCUACUCCGUGGAGGUCACCAUGAUCCACACUACACCAGGCAAGGUCACUGGCUUCAUGGCCACCAUGCCUGGGAUGAUCAAGGUGGUGGAGACCUUCAUUGCCUGCAUCACCUUUGUCUUCAUCUUCAACUCAAUGGUUCACGAUUGGCAUGGGGCCUUGAAGUGGUGCCUGGCCGUGUACUGUAUCUGCUUCAUCCUUUCACUGGUUGUCAUUGUGCUGUGCAUCAGCGAGUGCAUCAAUUGGCUGCCUUGUGCCUCCAACAAGAUCCUCAGUGGAUACACACUCCUGGCUGUACUCCUCUAUGCCACUGCCACCAUCCUCUGGGCCCUCUACAACUUGCCAAGUAAGCACAGGCAGCCCAAGUGGGCCAGAGACUGCUGGGAUCACACCUUCUGUGCCUGGGACAAGCCAAUGGCCAUCACUAUGCUCACUUUCAUCAACCUGGUGGUCUACCUCGCCGACCUGGUCUGCUCUGCCCACCUCAUCUUCAUCCAAGCCUAGGCACUUGUGCUGGUUGGAGGAAAGGACAGGGAGGGAGCUGUGGGACCUGGCACCUGCUACUUGCUAGGUGGGUCCCACCCUGAGCUUCCUGCUGCCUUCAGCCUCUUCCCCAGUCCUCCUGGGGACUUGUUCUCUCUCACUUCCCUUCUGUUCUCUUUGCCUCAUUCAUUCUUUUUUCUGUGUUCAUUUUCCUUCCUUUCUUAUAUACACUUUCCUUCAUUCAUUCUUUUCCUCCUUCAUUCUCUCUUCUCCUUCCCUUCCUCCUCCAUUUUCACAC